ACGCGCAGCUCCAGAACAGAUUCAGAUCCGUCUCUGCGCCGCUCGCCUCCAACAACUGUUCACUUUGAUAUAUCAGAGUUGCUCUUUUAAAUUCUUUUGACUUUUUGAUUUUCCUUUUUUUUUUCUUUUAUUUGUUUUUGUCUGCGCGUUCAUGGAUCGCCUGUGGCAGUCAGAGUAAGAGCAAACAAAGCGCAGCGAGUCUCUCCUGAGAAAAGUAACUCCUCCAAUCGGAAGGAGAAAUCACGGAUUUGUGUUUGAGAGUGGGGAUCAACAUCCUGCAUCUCCUCAGCUGGUGUUCCGCUGGUGAGGGUCUUCUUUUUCUCAGUUUGGCUGCGCACGGAGAUGGAUACGCUCUUUCUUAGUUCUACGGACUGGCAUUUAAUUUAGGGAACAGCCGAUGUGGACAGAAAUAAUGUCCAGGUUUUGGAGAGCAGCACUGGGUUGCACUGGCUCGUUGGUUUACUGGGAGUAGAAAAGGCCUAAAAACACAGAGAGCAGAAUAGUAGUGCAGAAUUCACAGAAACACAAGGUGUAUAUUUGAACCAGAUGAGAAAUUCACAUCCCUGAUCACAAGACGAGCACAAAAACCGACUAAAGCAUGGAGCACACCGGGAUCGAGGAGGUGAACCAGACGCACCAGCAGCAGCAUGAACCCAUCAGCUUCGGCAUCGACCAGAUCCUCAACAGCUCGGACCAGUCCAGCGGCUGUAUGCUGCCGAACCGGACCGCAGACCCGGAUUACGCACUGGCCCCCAAUGUGUACGGCAGCAACGGCUACAACAGCGUCUACAACCCGGCCUGCUCCAUGGCAGCGGCGGCGGCAGCGGCGGGUCUGGCAGGUUCCUACAACGUCAACAUGAACAUGAACGUCAGCAUGAACAUGAACAUGAACGUAAACGUGAAUGGAGGAGGCGCGGGUGGUGCUGGAGGAACAGGCGGAGGCGCGGGUGGAGUGAUCCGGGUGCCGGCGCACAGACCCAUGCCGCCGCCGCAUCCGCCGCCCUCCGCAGCCGCUGCCGCUCCUCAUCCGCCCCCGUCCGCGCAUCCGGCGGGCAUCGGAGCCGGCAUCCCCUCUGUGCCCGGUAUGGGGAUGGGGAACGCGGCCAACUUCACCUUCCCAUGGAUGGAGAGCAGCCGGAGGUUUGCCAAAGACAGAUUAACAGGGGAGCAGGUAGAGGAGAGCCGAGCCGGAGAGGCCACGGGGGCGCUUGGGGCCGCCGGGUCCCUCUGUCCUCUCCCCAAGGGAGACAUCGGCAGGGUCCCCGUCUGGAGCACUGUGGAGACAUUAGCCAAAUGCUAUUACCCUGAGCUCGCUCACCUGCGAGACAGCACUGGCCUUCUAGCAGACUAUGCUUUCCCAAAGGGGGCUUGUCCAGCUGCUCUCUCACCCUUCUCUGUGACACGUCGUAUCGGCCAUCCAUACCAGAACCGGACGCCGCCCAAGAGGAAAAAGCCUCGCACCUCAUUCAGCCGAGUUCAGAUCUGUGAGCUGGAGAAACGUUUCCACAGGCAGAAGUAUCUGGCAUCGGCUGAACGUGCAACUCUGGCCAAGGCCCUGAAGAUGACAGACGCGCAAGUCAAGACCUGGUUCCAAAACAGACGGACAAAAUGGCGGAGACAGACUGCAGAGGAGCGGGAGGCGGAGCGGCAGCAGGCCAACCGGCUGAUGCUACAGCUUCGGCAGGAAGCCUUCCAGAAGACGCUGAGCCAGCCCAUGCAGCCGGACCCUCUCUGCCUGCACAACUCCUCCCUGUACGCCCUGCAGAACCUGCAGCCCUGGGCAGAAGACAAUAAGGUGACCUCCGUCACCUCCGUGGCAUCUGUAGUCUGACGGUCUAAAAGAGAGGAGGGCACUGUAAGCCUCAGUGCCAGGACACAAAUGGACACCUCUGUACAUGCCCCAACUAUCAAGACUGACCCCCACCCACCCACCUAACCCCACUCUUUGCCUCCGGAUCCCUCACAAGGCUGCAGGGAAUUGUCUGCCGUGAAUGGCAAAAUAGAAAAGGAGAAAAAAACAAAAACAAACUUCAGUUUUUUCCCCUUUGACUUUGUACAAUAUAGUAAAAAUGCAUGUUUCAAGCCUUUUCUGUGUGCACAUGGAAGUACAUUUGAAGUCAGCAGUCGUCAAGGUCGAGCUCCUCUUCCUCGACUUCCAACUCCUCACUGACCGCGGUGUGGAAGUGGUCACGGACUCACAGACUGACUGACCUGAGAUUCCUUAUUAUGUUCACUUUAAAGGUGUUUUAUAUUAAAUGAUAUUGUGACUUUUUGGAAAAA